AUGUUUAGAGUGCCGGCAACAUGGGCCAGACAAUCGCUGAGCAUACUAUCGUCUCUGAGCGAAGCUUCGACGUCGGCUAUCACACUUGGUCAUCUUCGCUUACGAGAUGCAAGGCGGCUAGCGCUUCUUGCAGGCUCUCUUCCGCCUCGUAGCGUCCACGGACAGGCGCAUUCCCUAGAUAGCCCACGCCGCAACAGCACCAACAGCGAGAGAAGACAACGGGCAAGAUCUUCUCGUCAAGCUUCGGGCGAGCGUCAAGACAAGUUCAAGAGCCGUGACGCUCGAUCACACUCACCCGCGCCUACCACACAGCCUACUUCUUCCUCGUCCAUAUAUCCUCACUCCAGAGCGUCCUUGCGCCCUCAUCCCAAUGCUCGCGCCCCUCUGUUUGCCAGCAGGGUCUUCGUCGAAAGUGAUCCUCGUGUACGGACGCUAGGUGAACGCUCCGAUUCUGAAGACAAGGACCUGAUUCUGCUUGAGCAGCAUCUGCGGCGCCUCGUCACCCACAAAACGGUAGGCGAUGUGGAAAGCGUAGUGGAGGCUUGCAAUUUUCUGGCGCAAUAUUGGGCCAAGAAGCAGAUGAAGCCCACCUAUCAGCCAUACUAUGCUCUAUUGGAGGCACUGAGCUAUCGUGGACUGCUAGAUGAAUGCUACCAGGUCCUCGAUGACAUGGAGGCUUCUGGCUUUAAGGUGGAUAUAGGCUCGCUAAAUUGGACACUCAAGGCGGCUGUCGUGGGCUCUCGCGAGGAAGACAUGCUCAAAAUCUGCCGGAGAAUCAAUGACUAUACAGAUAGCAGCAGCGCAACCGGCAUCGAGACGGAGUCAGCCAGCUUUGAGACACCAAUCGAGGAGAGCGUAGCUAUGCCCGCCCCGUAUGCGACUCGGAACUUCAGCAGCUUCACCUACACAUGCCUGUUUCAGUACUGUUCCGACAAUGACAGAGCAGAGCAGGCAAUGAUAUGGUUUUCUGCCCUCGUCAAUUCUCGCUCAACCUCGGUGCAGGCCUUCUUAGACCUCCUGCGUCCCUCAGGGGCGCAAUAUCUUAUAGAGACUCUUCUGUCCGUGCAGGAAUACAGGCUGGCAGUUGAGCUCGCCGAAUGGAUCCACAUGGAUUCGAGUGGGAGACUGAUCUCGCCCAAAAUCUGGACCGAAAUUGCGUCGGCGUGCGCUGUAGGCAACUAUUAUCCCGGUCUCAAACACGGCUUUCUGCGAGGUGUCAAGGAGGGCGGCGUUGUGGCAGAUGAAGGCUUUCUUAUUGCGGCGCUCAGAGCCGCUUGCCGCGCUCCGGAUUCAGAUCUCUGCCACGAGCUUCUGCAAGACUUCCUCGUCUACUCUACGCAGUGGGUAAACAUGCGAAUCCCCGACACCACCCCACCACCGGUCCUGCAGCAUCCUCACCUUCUCCCCUUGGUCGAGGCAUUGGCUCGUGAAGGAAAGUUCGUGGAAGCAUACCGGCUCAUGGGAGCUCUCUUCUACUGGGGCAUUCCUCUUGAUCCGCAUGCUUCUUCCGUCCUUGAGAUUGAAGCCAGUCUUACCAAGGCACACCUCAUCAAGGCUGUCGCUGCUUGGGAGCAGGUGAUUAACGAGGGCAAGAACUCAGUCGAAGGCGAGCCCGAGCCAAUUGCUACCUUGGAUGGACGAGCCAGCAUUCUGCGCAGAGUGACCGAUGGAAAGAUCCCAGCGCUGGCUGGACGGGUAGAGAUCAACACUAUGAACUCCCUCAUCAUUGCAGCAGCUAGACUCGGUGAAGAUGAGAUUGCCUUGAAAGUCUGGGAAGACCGCAGGCUGGCCAGGAUGAGGCCAUCGCUCAGUCGGGCCCUCUCGCCUGCCCAAGAGAAGGAGCGCCAGCGCCAACCGCCAGAGGAGGACCGAAUUUCUGCUGGAAAGGAAGCGCCCCCUCGAGCGCCUGUAGAGAUGAUUCUUCCCACCAUCGAGACGUUCAACGGUCUCCUCGAUGCCUGUCUCCGUUCCAAGAUUCCCUCGGUCUCCCUAGCCCACUCCAUCUUCAACGAGCUCCGCACAAAACACGAUUGGCAUCUCAAACCAAACGCCUUGACCUACGAGCACCUCAUCAAGAUUCUCCUCAUCAACCCUUCCUCCUCGCCCAAUGCCCGCCUCGAUGCCGAAGCUCUCCGCAGGGCAUUUGAGCGACUCGAGGAAUGCAAGAGUGCGGGAUUGACACCUACGAGCAAGACGUACGAGGCGAUGAUCCGGACUUGUCUUAGGGGAAGUGAUGAGAGGGAGGAUCCCCGCUGGUGGAGGUUAUUAGACGAGAUGACUCGCGAGGCAAAGCAUGAGUUGCCUGCGGGACUAGAGGGACACAUUGCCCACAAGGACCGGUCUAGACGCUUUGCCACGGAUGGAAGAGAGGGACUCAAGGUGCCGCCGGCGCUUAGGAGGAGGAUCGAGGCAAAGGCAGAGGAAGAGAGGAAUGCGAGAAGGGGCAGAGGUGGGAGAGGAGGUGGUGGUGGCGGCGGUGGUGGUGAGAGGUACGAGGAAAGAGGACAACAGUGGGGUAGAGAGCGGAACGAUGAAGGGUAUGGACGCGGACGAAGGUACUGA